CCCUGGUCCGCGCGGGGCGCCCCGCUUUCCCACCCGCGCUCGGGCGGGCGCCCGGGGGCUUUCCUGCCUCUGUGGUCCCGAGCUCCGCCGCAGGCUGCGCUGGUUUAUAUGCCGUUCUACGGCGUCAUGUUCCGGUGCAGUGCCAGCUGCUGUGAGGACAGCCAGGCGACCAUGCAGCAGGUGCACCAGUGCAUCGAGCGCUGCCACGCGCCUCUAGCUCAGGCCCAGGCCUUGGUGACCAACGAGCUGGAAAAGUUCCAGGACCGCCUGGCCCGGUGCACGAUGCACUGCAAUGACAAAGCCAAAGAUUCAAUGGACGCAGGGAAAAAGGAGCUUCAGGUGAGGCAGCAGCUGGACAGUUGCGUGGCCAAGUGUGUAGAUGACCACAUGAACCUCAUUCCAACUAUGACCAAGAGGAUGAAGGCAUCUCUCUCAUCUAUUGGGAAAUAAAGGCUUUGCCAGCGGCCACUGUGGCCGAGGGCAGGAAUCUAUUUUAUAAGAAUGGCAGUCUUAGUCUUUUACAUAAAAUUUGUGAAGAAACUAAGGAUAAAAGGAAGUUUGUGACAUACUUCACUUGCCUGUGGACCCUGCUUCCUCUGUUUGGAUGCUAGAAAGUAAAAUUGAAAAAAAAAAAAAAAUGGUGCUAAAGUUUGGAUCAAAGAUAGCAUAAGGAAGUGUUUUAGAGCCUACAUUUCACGUAGUAAGCCCUUACCCUGAAGUAGACUCUCCCUCAUA